AUGGAGCCCUCUAAGUUCUUCGACGAGAUAGACGUAGACGAAAAUCCUCAGAACAGUGUAGAUACUGUCAAUGCUAAGAAUGGGUCGCAACUUACCAAGGAGGUCAACAUGCCAGCCAAGGAUGGCCGGCACCAAGGGAUGAGGCAAGGAUAUGUUCCUACGUCGGCAAAGCGUGUCAGAAGUCAACCCUCUAGUCCUGAGACUGCCAAAUGGAAACCUCCCAUGCCGAAUUUGAAAAUGAAGAUGAAAAAUGGAACUGACUCUCUGGAAAGACCUGAUAAGAAAGCCAAGCCUCUGGAUGAUGUUACAGUCCAAGCGAAAGUCGAAACCAGAAAGAACAAACUUCCUGAAGGGUUUCAACAAGUCGAAAAAGGAAAGAAGCAACGUUUACAAGUACCUGUGUCAAAGCUUACUACACUCAAAAAAGCCAGUCACUCAAACAAUGAGCAUGACCCCAUGAGACCACAAGAGCAGGGCUUGAACAAAAUGAUCGUGCAUGUAAUAUAUACAUAUAUGAGAAUCCGUGGAACUGUGCAAGACACUUUCUCAGACGAGAAGAUGAUCAUGUGA